GUGCAGCGCCCCUCGCUGGGGUUCCCGGGCCUUUCCCGGGGGCCUCCAGGGAGGGAGAAGCCGGCGGCGCCCCGGCUGGGUGCUGGGCCGGGGGCGGGGACGGGAAUCUCCUGGACUCUCCCGGCCGCGCCCCUGCAAGUUUCGCUACUGCAUUGGGGCUGCCAGGCCGGCUGGGUCAAGGCGGGCAGCGAGGAAGCUGUGCGCCUCUGCGCGGGUGUCCCCAGGAGAGCGAGUGUAGCCUGUGUCUGCGUGGAUUUGGUGCCCCCACCCCCCAGCGUGGCUUGUCUGUUUUCGCGCGUGGUUCCCAGUGUGCGACAGAAUCCGUCUGGGAUGCAUUUCGUCCCUGCCGCGUGCCAGUGGGUCCGUUCCCUUCCCCAGGCCUCGGGGUUUUUUGUCUGUUGAGUGGGACUGGCAUGAGUGUAACCGUUUCAGCGUGGCUGUAUUUGCCAGAGAGCUUGAAAAGCUUGGGGUCUGCCCUGUCCCAUUUGGAGCCUCAGUUUCCUCCAAAUAGGAAUAAGGGGAAAGUUGACAAGGAGAUUAAGGUUGCACUGGAGGGUGGGGGAGUUAAUAUAAUUUAACCACGUGUGCCGUCUGCAGUCUGUCUGUGCGAUGUGUCCUGCUGCUGCCCUUAGGCUCUGCAGCUGAGUAAGAUCAGCUUUCUCACGGGGGUCUGGCAUGGAGGAAGGGGUUUUGGCCGGAAAGAACCCCGAGCGCAGCGAGGCCUGUAGAGUGUGGGGCUUUGAGCCUCAGGCUGGGUGACAUAAUGUGGGUGGAAGUUGUGAAAUUGUGGCCUGUGCCAUUGUGUGUGUGUGCGUGUGUGUGUGUGUGUGUCCCGUCUGUGUGUGGCUGAAUUUGCGUCCCCGUGCCUCGCUGCCCCUGUCGCUCUAUCCACGCGCGAAUGUAUUUGCGAGUUUUCCGGGUAGGGUGUCACUGUGUCUUUUCUAUCCUGGUCUGUGUACGUGCGUUUCACUGCACUUGUGUGUCCUUUUCUGUGUGUGGCUGUAUUUGCGUGCGUCUGUGUUUAUGAGUGACUAUGUCUCUGUAUAUCCCGGCGUGGGUGUGAAGUCAUGUGGCCCUUUUCUGAGGGUCUGUGUGUCAUCCUGUUGCCCUGUGAUAUUAUCCGUGUGUGUUUGAGUCUGUCUGUCUCCAUGGGUACCCCCCCUCCUUCCAUCCCAAGCUCCCGCUGGGCCCCGGUGUGCGGCUGGAGUGGUGGGCAGGAGUCAGAGCCCCUUUCCCAGGGCCGCAGGGACGGUGCGCGCGGGGUGUCCGCCGGCCUGACGCUGCGUCCGGCCUCUUCACAGCCCUGGGGCGGGAGGCCCAUGGAGUCCGGGCUGCUGCGGCCGGCGCCGGUGAGCGAGGUCAUCGUCCUGCACUACAACUACACCGGCAAGCUCCGCGGAGCGCGCUACCAGCCCGGCGCGGGACUGCGCGCCGACGCCGCCGUGUGCCUGGCGGUGUGCGCGGUCAUCGUGCUGGAGAACUUGGCGGUCCUGGUCGUGCUUGGGCGCCACCCGCGCUUCCACGCGCCCAUGUUCCUGCUCCUGGGCAGCCUCACGCUGUCCGACCUCCUGGCCGGGGCCGCCUACGCCGCCAACAUCCUGCUGUCGGGGCCGCUCACCCUGCGCCUGUCGCCCGCGCUCUGGUUCGUGCGCGAGGGCGGCGUCUUCGUGGCACUCUCGGCGUCCGUGCUGAGCCUGCUGGCCAUCGCGCUCGAGCGUCGCCUCACCAUGGCGCGCCGGCGCCCUGCGCCCGCCGCCCGUCGGGGGCGCACGCUGGCGCUGGCGGCCGCCGUCUGGGGCACGUCGCUGCUCCUCGGGCUGCUGCCCGCGCUUGGCUGGAACUGCCUCGGCCGCCUGGACGCCUGCUCCACCGUCCUGCCGCUCUACGCCAAGGCCUACGUGCUCUUCUGCGUGCUCGCCUUCGUCGGCAUCCUGGCCGCCAUCUGUGCGCUCUACGCGCUCAUCUACUGCCAGCUUUUGCAGCAGGUGCGAAGGACCCGGAGCUGGGACGUGCCCAUGUGUUCUGCGGAAAGCGCUGCUGCUGGAGAAGAGGGAGUGAGGGCUACGGGACCAUGAGUUCGGGGAGGUGAGAUUGUGCAGGACCUGGUGCAAGGCCCAGGGAACUUGGACUUUUGCUCGGAAUGAGGUGUGAGCCACGGAGCAUUCUGGGCACGGGAGUUCGGGUGUUCACAAGGGCUUCUGGAAGACGUGGGGGGAAGCGGGCAGGGCAGGACUGGAAGAACCAGGGAAGGCACGGUGCCCCUCCCCGCCCCCACCAUGCUGAGACCAAGUGGAUUCUGGAUAGAUUUUAGAGACAGCUUAUCGAAUUCUUGAGGUAUGGAAGCGAGGCAAAGAAAGGAGCCAAAGAUGACUCUCCAGUUUAGAGGACAGAGCACCCCAAGAUUUGGCUCUGAGAGACUCAGCCAAAUCCUGCACAAAAUUUCCUUGAGUGCAGGGUUUCAGAUUCCUUCAUUAAAAGAAAUUAAAAUAUAAUUUAAAAAUAA